AGAAUAUUGAGGUAUUCUUGCUCUGACUCUGUUGACUGUUGAGGUUAUGCUAUGUCAAGUUACGAGCACAGGAGCACAUGGAUGAACAAAAUCGUAAAUUGUGUGAUACGGUAAGCACGAUGGAACUACCUGAAGAUUUCGAUCCUCGAGUAGAUCAUUUCAAUAAUCCCGAUGCCAAGCGUUACUCGGGUCUUGGUGGAGAACUGCAAGCCUCUGUUGAUGGAGGGAAGGUGAAGCUUCGUGUUUUGAGAGUUCCAAAAAGAGUGAGGAAGGAGGAUUUGGAAAAUGUUUUUACAAAGCUUCGAUGCCCUUUUAAUGUGGAAACAAAGCUUAACCAUAGAUCACACUUUUUGGAUGCUUUUGUCGAGUUUAACUCGAUGGGAGAUGCUGAAAGAGCUAUUCGAGAAUUCAGCAACAAGGAGCCUUUGAAAUUUGAAUUGGUCGUAGUUGUCUCGCAAGAUAAAAAAUUGCAAAAACUUGAAGUCGUCAAAGAACCACCAGCUAUUGCCAAUGAUAACCAAAUUGACCAGCCAGUUCAAAUUAAUAGUGUUGAGGCAUUAGAACCAUUGGUACCAGUUCUGUGCACCAUGUGGAAAUCGUGGAACAACAUUGUGGAACUCGCGACUGGUGCCCUUGGAAGAAUGUUUGCGCCGUCCAUUUCUCUCCCGAAUAAAAGUAAAGUUUGUGAUGGACGAGUGUGUUUUAUUCCACCACCAGCUUAUUUCGAAAAAAGUAACUCUGGAAAUUAUGACAACGCCAAUAAUCUGAAUUCUAACAAAACAAAUUCAUUUAUUGUGUGUGGCAAGGAGGCAGACUUGCCGGAAAGGUAUGACCACCGGCCGUGUGUAGUGUGCGGUCUGCUAACCUCGUCCAUUUGCAUUGCAUGCAAAACGGUCAACUACUGUUGCUCCGAAUGCCAGGCAAAAGACUGGAAGAAGCACAAGCUGGUUUGCAAAAAAAAAGAUGAAGGAAGUGAGACAGUCAAAAGGAAUGAAUUGGCUAUUACUAAAUCGGAUUGGACUGUUAGCAAAAGCAGCCUUCCGGGAGAGAGCAAAAGCAUUAAUAAGUCUAGUCAUUCGACAGAAAGUGUGAGAAGACCGAAACGUAGAAACUGCAUCAUGAGCAGAUUCAUGUCAGAGUUGAAUGACACAUUACCAGAGAAAAUAAUGUCGAAUGAAAACCAUCAAAACUCUAACGGCUUUAUUCAAAAUAAUGUAUCUUCUACCUCAAAAUCUGUCUGUGAUAGUAACGGUGUUAAGAAAGUAACACCGACAUCGCCUUUCUACAUAGAAGGCCAAGUUUACGAAGUAUUCGCGCAAUCAGUGCUGGAUAGUAGAGAAUUCUUUGCAACUAGGCUGGAUCUAAAAGAACAUCUGGAAACCAUACAUUCUGAAUUGAACAGAGAGAUGUCAGACAGUUGUCAGCAACUUGAGAAUGUGGCUGUUAGAAGCAAGUGUGCCGUAAAGUAUGGCGGACUGUGGUACAGAGCAUUGGUGCGAAAGCUGGAUCCUUUAACUGUGCGCUGUAUUGAUUUUGGCUUUGAUAAAACGUGCAAACCAGCUGACCUCAAGGAACUGCCCGCUAAAUUCAAGACAGCUCUGUUGACAGUUCUGGUUCGCUUGACCAGUGACGCUUCGGUAGCGAAAAUUCGCUCAUCUUUCAAGUUGCAUUUUAUUAGAAAGGACGGAAAUCAUUGGCUUGUUGAAUUCGCAAAUGAGAAUGGCGAUGUGACCAUCAGGUGCAUCUAUGCAUCACUACAGCUGAAGAUGUGA